UGGGUACACUCGUGGGAAAAAUAUAGGAAAAAAAGCGACAUCCAUGAAAAGAUGGUUGUGGGCCUUCCAGGAGUAACAUUACAGGAGCAGCAGGGAAUCUGGCAAGUACCAGCAGUGCACUAAAUAUAAAACAAGAAGGAUGAUUUCUUCUGGCUACAUGAAAAAGACUUGAAGGAGAAAACAUCCACAAAUUGGGUUUGAAGCUUGAGGGACUGUGCAGGAAGGAUUUAUUCGUCAUAGUGUGUGAUAUGCCAUCUUAGGACCAGGCAAACCUUUUUUUUUUUUUUUAAAUCAAUUGGAAGACUUCUUGAAGCAGGAGAAGUUAUGGCUGAGAGGAGACCAGCAGGCUAUCAGGUGCACAGAGAGAUCCUGGAUGAAGGAGCUGUGGACAAGUUGGCAGAGAAGUCGGAAUCGAAAACAUCUGUGUGUGACAAGAUCAAAAAUUCUCUGAGGUGUUCUGGCCCCAGGGUAAAGAGCUGUCUGCUGGGUAGUGUCCCUGUUCUGUCGUGGUUGCCUCGUUACUCCAUCAGAGAAAAUGCAUUGGGUGACUUCAUCUCUGGAAUCAGUGUGGGCAUCAUGCAGCUGCCCCAAGGUAUGGCCUAUGCCUUGCUGGCAGCAGUCCCUCCUGUUUUUGGCCUUUACGCCUCCUUCUACCCCGUCCUCAUCUACUUCAUCUUUGGCACAUCCAAGCACAUCUCCAUUGGAACAUAUGCGGUGAUGAGUGUGAUGAUAGGCGGCGUGACAGAGCGAGUAGCCCCAGAUUCAAACUUCAUGACAUGGGACAACGUAACCAACUCCAGUGUAGUGGACGUCUUUGCCCGAGACGCAGAGCGAGUCAGAGUGGCCGCUGCCGUCACUUUCUUAUCGGGAAUAUUUCAGAUCCUGCUUGGUCUGGUCCAUUUUGGAUUUGUGGUGACCUACCUGUCUGAGCCACUGGUGCGAGGUUACACCACAGGCGCCGCCAUCCACGUCAUCGUGUCCCAGCUCAAGUAUACCUUUGGAAUCAGCCCUUUGAGAUACAGUGGACCCCUCUCAUUGAUAUAUACAGUACUGGAGGUGUGUUAUCUAAUUCCACAGACCAACAUUGGCACACUGGUGGUCAGUAUUGUCGCCAUUAUCGGCCUCAUUCUUGCAAAGGAGCUCAAUUCAUACUUGAGUAAAAAAAUACCCGUCCCUAUACCUGUGGAGUUGCUUGCUAUUGUCAUAGCUACACUGGUGUCAUGGCAAGUUAACCUAGUGGGGAAAUAUGGAGUAGAUGCGGUUGGAGAUAUUCCAUCAGGCCUUCAGCCGCCUGUCUUUCCGUCCGCCUCUCUCUUCGUCGACGUAAUCGGGGAUGCCUUCGCCUUGUCUGUGGUUGGCUACGGCAUUGCCAUCUCGCUGGGACGCAUCUUUGCACUGAAAUACGGAUACAAAGUGGACAGCAACCAGGAACUGAUCGCCUUGGGUCUCAGUAACUCUGUUGGGGCAAUUUUCCAGUGUUUUGCCAUCAGCUGCUCCAUGUCCCGCUCCAUGGUGCAGGAGAGCACAGGAGGGAAGACACAGGUUGCUGGAGCUCUAUCAGCCGUUGUUAUUCUUUUCAUCACCCUCUGGAUUGGCGCUCUAUUUGAAGAACUGCCCAAGGCAGUUCUGGCCGCCAUCAUCUAUGUGAACCUGCAUGGUAUGAUGAAGCAAUUCCUGGAUAUACCUGCGCUGUGGAGGACCAACAAACUAGACAUGGUGAUCUGGGUCACCACUUUCAUCCUCACCUUGCUGUUGAACCCUGACCUGGGACUCGCCGCCGCCAUCGGCUUCUCAAUGCUUACUGUCAUCUUCAGGACACAGCUACCUAAAUACUCUGCAUUGGGUCAGGUUCCAGGCACAGACAUAUACAGGCCUUUGGAGGACUACAAUCAGGUGAAAGAGCUUCCUGGUAUUUUGAUCUUUCGUUCAUCUGCCACGCUCUACUUUGCAAAUGCUGAGAUGUAUCAGGAUGCACUGGGAGAGAAGUCUGGCAUUGAUAUUACCAAAAUCCUGUUGGCGAAGAAGAAACUUGCGGCCAAAAGGAAGAAGUAUGAGAAGAAACGAGCAAAAAAUGCUUUAAAAAAUGGAAACACAGCGGAAGCAGAGAUGGAGAAGGAUGUAGCCACCAUUCAGAUAGAUGCUGAGCAUAGUCCCUCAUUGCCCACAGCCAUCAUCCUGGACCUCAGCCCUGUCAACUUCUUAGACACUGUGGGAGUCAAGACCUUGCGUGGGAUUGUCAAAGACUACGGAGAAAUUGGUAUUGAGGUGGCGCUCGCUUCUUGUCAAAGCAGCGUGGUGGAUAAUCUGCACACUGGUGGUUUCUUCAACAACAAAGUGACAAUGUCUUGCCUCUUCUCCACCAUCCAUGACGCCGUGCUUCACUUUCAGUUGGACCCAAAGCUCAAACACAAUGAGGAGGUCACAGCAACGCGUUUCUGACUGCCAGAAAAUAUGAUGAGGAAGGAAGAGACUCUGCCUGAGGAUUAUAUUGACUGACUGGCUCAUAUGGACACAAAAUAUGCAAUGAGGCCAAUGGAAAGCAAUUGUAGACAUACAGAAUGAAUGUACUAAUACCACAAAAUGGAAGGAUUUACAAGCCCUUCAAUUACAUUCAGAAGCAGAAAAGACAGGAGGGGCAGGAAAUGAAUGUAACAUGUGAUUGGAGAAAAUCAGCUUUGAAAGUAACAGUGGUAAAAAUAAGUAUUUUCCAUUAAUGGGGAAUCUAAUUAAUUACUAUUUCAAACUUUACAGCGCUGACAGUGAAAGUUGCCGAAAUGUGGCGCAUUAUUAUGCACUGAUACUAUAUCAACAAUCUGGAUGUGGCUUCAGUUGUCAUUGUUUACUACUACUACACAGGAAGCUAAAUAGUUAGUCAACAAGAGCUGCAGUUGCUCAUUCUCGAGUUUAGCCCCCAGCCCAUAUCUCAUGAAAAAAUCUCUCAUAGGCCACUACAAAGCUUAAAGCAAAUAAUUUUACAAAUUUGAGGGUUUUUCAAAAAAGAAACACAUUACUUUGCCUGGUAACUAAUUACAUUUAUG